UCUCUGUUCUGUCUACUUCCACGUUAUCACCGGGAAGAGUGAGAGAUUCAAUCCCUGCUUCACCAAGGGGCCUGCUUUCUUUGCUUUGACUCUCUCUACCUACAUUAUUGUCCGUAGGCCAAGAUACAGCUCAAUGCUCAGGGAGCUCGACUGGUGCGUAGUUCUACCUACCAGUUCUGAUGGGGAGAGACGGGGAAAAAUGAGGUUGCAGCUACGAGCAUGUGUUUUGAGUUCGACUUCUGGCAACGCUUCAUUGCUCUUGUCCAAGAUGAAUGAUCUGGAAUUGUAAGAUGGACCCACCGGUUUCUAUGAAGUCACUUGCAGCUUCGUAGGUGGGCACGUCCAAGCGACAGGGCAGACCGUGAUAAGUUGAGUGUAAACCAAACGUUCAGACCUUUCUUCUGUAAGAACUCCGCGCUUCGAGCCAUCGAGACUUUAUAACUACAGAAGUCGCAAUGUCAAAAAAAGUUUGAAGUGAAAAUCACCUCCCUGACCCUUCUUCUAUUUGCUAAGCUUCCAACCAGAGCUUAGUCGGAACAGCAAGUGAGGCUGGAGCUUAGCAAAAUUCGCUUAGCAGUUCCUUUGACGGUAUCGUUGUGCUCGAGAUGAGAUGCAAGUUUGAGACUUUGAUUCGUGGAACAGACGCGGAUCAUAUGUACAUCAGGAUACAGGACAGUCACAGGAUCACCGGACGGACUGACUUCCAGUAGGAAUUGAUCAAUUCAAUUGUACGCACGCCUACAUGGGAACCAAGGUAGCUGCAGCGGAUAUAUGGAGAGAUUGCACGAGAGAACGCAUUCUCAACCUGAAAGAGGGUUCGAUGAGACCUUGCUCGUUGAGCUCAGCGUUGGAGUUCGACACUGAGCAAUCACAAGAAGAAUCUAUUCAAGGUUUCGUGGAUCGGUAUACCUUACAAUUUUCACAAUCUUACUAUUCGCAACUCCUUUGCUGUUGGUUUUUAAGCUUGAAGCAUAUGUCCAUUCAGGACAUUCUGAACAGGAUCACAAAAAGAUAUGAUUCAGAAGUGUGACCAUAUUUGGAGGCAAUGAGUAGACCCAAAGAGUUCCGUUAUAUAACUUCGGAUGGGGAUAGAAAGACUUUCUAUGUUUUACGUACUUCCGAGAAGUUUAUCAGAACUUGAAGUGAUUUGGUUGCAGCUAUAGAUUAAUGAGGCCAUUUCAACGAAUAAGGCUACAUUUGUAAAAGACUAUAAGGACUACGGACGUAAUUAGAUACGAAGUCAGGGGUCAUUUGUUUAUCUCACGGGAUGGAGAAUUGGGAAGAAUAUGGUCCCCGCGUGUAGUGAGAAAUGUACGUACGCAGUAGAAUAUCCCAUAAAGGAUUGAUAAUCGAAAAAGGAAAGAUCUCGGGCGCCGGUGGAGGGUUUAAGGUAGGAUCCAAUGUGAAGCUGCGUUGAAGAUUGUAUGAGAUUGCCGUUGAAUGAUCAGAGCUCACAAUUGACUACAUAUGUGAAAUCUUUGGGACUUGAACUAAACUCGGAUUCCUCGCAAGCAGAAGA